AUGAAGCCCGACGCCGCCUGGCUUGACGAUGCACGCCUGCCGCUCACGUCGCGCACCGCCACGCGCGCCUUUGUGCUCGGCUACCUGCUCAACGCCGCCUUUGACGCCGUGCUGCCGGCCGUGCUGCGCAAGAUCUCGCCGCGCGAUGCGCUGCGACGCAUCUUCUCCUCGGCCAGCUCCUUCCGUGCUGGCUCGGCGCUGUUCUUCUACGCCGCCCUCUACCGCACGAUCCUGCAGCUCCUCUCGCAGCUCAAGCUUGCCCGCUCUGCCCCGCGCGACUCGGGCACCAAGGCACAGACACACCGUGCCCGCCUGCAGGCCCGGCUGUAUCGCUUCCUGCGCUCCCCGCUGCUUGCUCCCUUCGUUGCAGCCAGUCUCUCGACGCCGGCGCUGCUGCUUCUGCCCGCCAAUCCGUUCCCGCGCCAGAUGCUUGCGAUCGACUUUGCCAGCAAAGCGGCGGCGGCGGCGUACCAGGAGAGCCGGCGCUCCGGCAGCCGCAUCACGAGCUGGGUGCCGGCGUGGUGCGACUCGGCGCUACUGUACUGCGUCUCGAACGCGCAGCUGCUCUACGCCUACCUGCUCUACCCCGAGGCGUUUCCGGCCGGCUCUGCUGCUGAUGACCGGCCGCUGCAGCGCUCCUCGGCCUACCUGCCACCGCGCCCGCACGACCUGCCCGCCAGCAUCGAGUGGCCCAGCGGCCGUCAGGUCCUCGACGGCGUCGGCGAACUGACGAUUGCUCGGCCGACUGCCGCUCCGUACCCGAGCUUCGUCUCGCCCGUGCUCUCUUCGCUUCAGGGCAAGCCGCCGCCGGCGUCGCCGUAUGCCUCGCUCAACACGGUGCUGGACUAUGCGCCGGCCCACCCGGCACACUCGCGUCUGCUCUGUGCUGUGCUGCAUCCGAGAGAGCCGAGCUGCACACGCAACUUUCUCGGCUUCUUCAAGAAGGAGUGGCUCACCAGCGCCAAGUUCGUCGCUGCGUGGAUGGCUGCACUGCAGCUGCUCAGCUGGCGCAAGGUUGUCAAGGACCCAGAGACGGCGCUGUUCAAGUUCGGCAUGGCGGUGGUGCAGGGCGCGACGGUCAUCUCUGGCGGCAUCGGCACAGCGUGGGCGCUCAUCUGUGUGUUUCAGCACUGGCUGCCACGCACGCUGCUUCCGCGCGGCCGGUUCUUCCUCAACGGCUUCAUCGCCGGCCUCACGAUCUACCUCGUGCCUGCCGCACGCCGGCACCAGCUUGGCAUGUACGUCGGGCGCAUGUCGGCCAAGUCGACGUGGCAGAUUCUCGAGAAGGAGAAGCGCGUGCGUCCGGUGCCGCACGGCGAGGCACUGCUGCUGGCUGCGGCGCUGGCCACCAUGGCGGCCAUGUACGAGGCACGCCCCGAGGCGCUCACGGGCUACUUGCGGCUGGCGACCAGCAAGCUCGUCGGACCACGACAGGGCGCGCCCACGGUUGCGGCGGCGGCUGUGACGGCGGAGAAGGAGAAGGCGGCGUAG